AUGAUGUCGAGCCAGAGACUGAAGGACUGCCGCUCCCUGCACCUGAACGAGGACAACGGCCGCUUCGCUCUGCUGGCCCUCCUCAUAGUCCUGUACCUGCUGUGCGGAGCGGCGGUCUUCUCGGCCAUAGAGAGGCCCUCAGAGCUGCAGGCUCACGGCCGCUGGAACGGGACCCUCCACAACUUCAGCGAGACCUUCAACAUCAGCCUGCGGGACCUGAACUCCUUCCUGCGGGAGUACGAGGCUGCCAUCGCCGCAGGGAUCCGGGCUGACGCGCUGAGGCCACGAUGGGAUUUUACUGGAGCCUUUUAUUUUGUGGGAACUGUCGUGUCGACUAUAGGUUUCGGGAUGACAACACCUGUGACAGUUGCAGGCAAGGUGUUCCUAAUCUUUUAUGGGCUUCUGGGCUGCGCUGCCACCAUCCUCUUCUUCAACCUGUUCCUGGAGCGAAUCAUCACGCUGCUCGCCGUGGUGAUGAAGGCUGUGAGAGAGCGGAGGAUCAUUAACAGCGGUUUACUUCCUCCAGGAAUCCGCCAUGACUUCUCAGCGUACUCCAUCCCGGGCUGGAAGCCGUCUGUGUACCACGUGAUGCUGAUCCUCGGCCUGUCAGCCAUCACCAUCUCGUGCUGUGCGUCAGCGAUGUACACGCCUGUGGAGAGCUGGGGAUACUUAGACUCACUCUACUUCUGCUUCGUCACCUUCAGCACCAUCGGCUUCGGAGACUUUGUGAGCAGUCAGAGCGCGGCUUAUGAAUAUCAGAGCCUCUACAGGGUGGCUAACUUCCUCUUCAUGCUGAUGGGCGUCUGUUGCAUCUACUCGCUCUUUAACGUCAUCUCCAUCGUCAUCAAACAGGUGCUCAACUGGAUGCUGGAGAAAAUGAGCUGCUUGUUCUGCCAGCGUUGUAAUAAGGCCAACCUCCUUCUGGGGAGACGGAACGCCAUCCGCCCGGGUUCUAAGGGGCGCCAGGCUCGGUUUGGCGCGUCGCCGGACCCAGAUGGACCUUGUGAUAGUGACACUGAGGGACGCAGACUGUCAGGGGAGAUGAUCUCAAUGAAAGACCUGGCAGCCUCCAACAAGGUGUCGCUGGCCAUCAUGCAGAAGCAGCUGUCAGAGUCGGCCAAUGGAUACCCCAGGACGGUCUGCGGCAGCUCACGCCAUAACGGAUUCUCUGGGGGGGUUGGCGCCCUCGGGAUCAUGAACAACAGGCUGGCAGAGACCAGUAACUCCAGGUAG